AUGAUGUGCUAUGUGGGGAAAGCAACAAAGAUCUUCAUCUUCAUAGUUACGGUGUUAGUGGUUUCGGGUCUUGUAUUGGGAUUCGGGUUGUUUCGUCACGGCCACCGUAAGUCGCUUUCGCACAAGUGCGACGGCGACUCUUGCGGCCCUCCUCCCAAUGUCUUCCCUAAUGCACCACCUUUUUCUUCCUCCUCCUCUUAUAGCCCGCCUUCGCCCGCAGCUGGCUCUAACCAGCCUAGCCCUGACCCACCACCCAGCCCACCAGCCGUUGAGGACCCUACUCCUACACCCCCACCGCCUAUCACUGAUCCAAAUCCUCCUCCGCCGCAACUUCCUCCUGCUGCUCCUCCUCCACCCCCUGUUUCGAGUACGGUGUUGCCGGUGCCACCCUACAAUCAGCCGACUCCGGUGCUGGUAGCUCAAGGUCCUGUCGGACAAUAA